CGUAAGAUAACGUUACGCGUUUUUUGGUUCCCCUUUGUCUAAGCAUUCAAUUGUCAAUACAAAAGGCACUACUAGUACAAGAUCCCCAAUUUCUCACCUUUUUUCAUCCAUUUCCGUAGAUAUUUCUCAAGUACUACAUCGUAUUCUGCAAAUUCAAAGAGGGUCUUGGAUUCUCAAAGAUGGGAGGUGGCAAGGACAAGCAUGAUGAAUCUGACAAAGGAAUUUUUUCAAACCUUGUUCAUGGGGUAGCUAAUGCAUCACAUGGUGGACAUGGGUACCCACCAGGGGCUUACCCACCCCCACCUGGGACAUACCCUCCACAUCAAGGGUACCCUCCACAACAAGGCUAUCCUCCAGCAGGAUACCCUCCUGGUGCCUACCCUCCUGCUGGUUACCCACCAGCUGGUUAUCCUGCUUCGUCACAUGCUCCAGGGCAGCAUGGGCACGGGCAUGGCGGUAUGGGAGCAAUGCUUGCUGGGGGUGUUGCCGCUGCUGGUGCUGCUUACGGUGCUCACCAUUUAUCUCAUGGUUCUCAUGGUCACUAUGCACAUGGUGCUCACAUGCCCCACGGGAAGUUCAAGCAGCAUGGACAUGGCAAGUUCAAGCAUGGAAAACAUGGUAAAUUCAAGCAUGGAAAGCAUGGAAAGUUUGGAAAGCAUGGUGGUGGGUUCAAGAAGUGGAAGUGAGGAUUGUAUAUGCUAAACCAUGUCUCUAUAAUGCUGCUCUGUGUAGAGCUUUUUGCUUUUGCUUUAUAAUAAACCAUAUACUUUGAUGAUGUGAUCAAUCCAUCUACGAAACUAUCAUGAUACCUGGUUUCUUGUUUUCUUUUCUUUUU